CAAGUGACACAUACACAUCACAUGUUCUCUUGACUAUAUAUAUGCAUGGGAUCAUGGUUAAUUCUUCUUCAACAAGACUCUUAAUCAUAGACUUAAUUAAGCUAAUUUCAUUUGGUGAAGAUUAUUAUGACGCAAAAGAUUGUGAUUGAGAUACCACUCCAUUGUGCAAAAUGCAAGAGGAAAAUAUUGGGCAUAUGCACCAUUGCUGAUGGUGUUACAUCGGUUAGUUUUGAAAGGGAAGGAAAAGAUAGAGUGGUGAUUAAAGGAGAAGAUGUUGAUGCAGCAAGGGUGACACAAUGUUUGAGGGAGAAAGUCAGCAAGUAUGCUAGACUUGUUAGUGUGGCCAGAGAUUAAUGAAUAUCUUAAAUUGUUUAUAGGUAUUUCAUAUUCAUAUAUAGAUAAGUGAUUGUUUGUUUGAAUAAUUCUAAUUAGAAAUGUAUUUAUCCAUUGGAUUAAUAGAAAUAUUUUUAUAUAAUUCAUGUGGGAUA